AUGUCGCAAGUCCAAGCCAGAACAGUAAGUAUUGAUCCAAGAGGAUCUAAAGAAGCUUUCCGCCUCUUUGAUACAGCUUCUAGCGGUACCAUCGACAUGAGGCUGCCCGUGUUUCAAGUAAAGAAAGCUGAAAUCAAUCAGAUGAUUAUUGAUCUUGGUAAGGACGAGUCGAAGUCGAUCAAUUUAAAUGAAUUUAUUGAACUGUUGACGGAUAAAAUGAACUCACGAGAUCCACGAAGAAAUGAAGAAAUCCUGAAGAAUUUUCAACUUUUUGACGAUGAUAACACGGGCAAGAUGUCGUUUUGA